AUGGAUGGCGGUACGGCGGUACGAUGUUUCGCGGAUGACGGUGGCGUUGCCAAGCACAUGGUGCAAAAAGGAAGUUCAGCCGCUCCGCGGUCACUGCCAAGGAGGUGCAGACAGAGACCGCAGAUCCUGAAAGACGCAGAUGUCGACCUCAAGGCCACGACUCUUUCGGGUAUUGAUAGCAUCCGAGAGUUCACCGGCAUGACACCCAAGUCUUUCGACAAGGUCCUGGAAUUUGAGAGGCGACGAAAUCCCACGCAAAAUUGUGGAUGCCAUUGCAAGAGAAUUGUUUUGACUGGAAGCUGA